UCAGAAAGCUGUACUUUUAGUGUCAGGAGCUCAUUUUAGGUCUAAAAGUAAAAAUUCAAAAAAAAAAAAAAACGAAGCAUUCAACUUAUCAAUUCAUUACCACAGCUUGAUAAGCCUUAGUCAAAAAAUAUGCCCCAACCUGUCGCUUCCAAGGCUCGUGUCAUAAAAAUUCUCAAUCGAAUUGGAGCCCAAGGCAUUCUAACCGAAGUCCGUGUGCAGCUGGUCGAUCAACCCAAGAUGCAAUUCAUGCGCACAGUCAAGGGACCUGUGCGCCUGGGAGAUAUCGUGGAUUUCGAGGACACUGAGUUGACCUGGCAAUCUUCGAGCAGGAGCAACAGCAACUUUGAUGAUAUAUGCUAAAAAUUCACGAAGAUCAUAGGAACUAAUCGUUGAAUGCUGAGCGCCAUUUAAAUAAAAUGGAGAAAAAACACCAUAUAGUAGAAGAA